AGAAGUUGAGCUUGUUGGCUUGUUUGCUGAUGACUGUCGCGGUGGACAGCGCACUGUUAGCCCCGGUUUUCAGGUGAUGUUCUGUUCGUUUGUAAGGUGAACGUGAUUGUUACGACCGGUUAUUAUUGUGAUUUGAAUUUUUUACCGGUCAGUUUUCACUUAACCCAUCGGGCACAUUCAAGAUUGCGAUGAACGUUUUUAUUCCGUUAAUUCUUCUAUGGACAGGAAGCCAAUCCGUGGCUCAAAUUAACCUGGGAAACGGAGGCCAGUUUGGAAGUUUUUUUACUCCCGAUAAUGAUUUGGAUGACUACUGUUAUCGACAGGAUGAAGAACCUUACAUAUAUUUUGGAACCAAAACUUCCUAUGACAGUCUAACUAGAAGAGCUGGUCAGCAACAUAUCGUGCCUGGAUGUCAACCAGUACAGUUUUGGUCUAUUAACCGACAUGGAACGAGGUUGCCAAAAGUGAAGAAGAUUCAAAAGCUAAGAAAGCUUCAAGAUGUAAAGGAUGAAAUCGUAAAGAAUUAUGAAGAUAGAAAGUCCUAUCCGGUUAUAGGAAAGUUAUGUUUUGAUGAUUACAAUUUGCUACGAAGAUGGCGCUGGAAUGACACUAUUACUGAAGACAAAGCCGCUGCUUUGACUCAACAAGGAAUCAACGAGCUGAAACUAUUAGCAAGAAGAUACAAAACCAAAUUUCCUCAACUUUUAAAUCAGCCGUAUAAUGAACAAAACUAUUAUUUUCAAUAUACUCAAACUGAUCGAACACAUGACAGCUACCAGGCUUAUAUCGAAGGGCUGUUUGACCGAGACUUUUUCAAGGUUCACGCAAACACCUAUGGAAAUGAUAUGCUAUUAAAAGCAUACAGAAAUUGCAAGGAAUGGCAUGAAAAAAGCGACAAAAAUCCCGAAACUAGUCAAGAAUAUCGGGCGUUCUUGGAAUCGGAAGAUUAUCAAAAAAUGGCGCGACAAGUUCUCAGAAGAUUGGGAUUCAGAUCCGAACUGAACGUUUCCGUUAUUCAAGAUAUUUAUGACAUGUGCCGUUUCAACAAAGCAUGGCAAGUAGAUCAACCAUCAGCCUGGUGUGUGGCUUUCACGAAAAGUCAACUAAAACUGCUUGAAUAUGGGGAAGAUUUGAAAGAAUACUACAAUACUGGCUAUGGGAAUCCGUUGAUUCAAAAUAUUGGUUGCGGUGCUGUCCAGGACAUGUACAGGAAAUUUGAGAAAACCGUGCAAGGAUUUUCUGAUGGCAAUAAAGUAACCGCUCUAUUUACUCAUGCUGCUACAAUGCAGGCUGUUUACUCAACAUUGGGAAUAGCGAAGGAUUACGAACCCUUAAAGUCAGACAACUACAGAAAGCAGCAAAGGAGAAUGUGGAGAACAUCACUAAUAAAUCCUUUCGCAGCUAAUUUAGUCGCAGUGCUUUAUCAGUGUCAGAACGGUAAUCAGCAGGGCAACAGCUUCAAAGUAAUGUUUUUCCUGAAUGAAAUCCCCAUAGAAGAAUUCCUUGGCUGUUCUGUAGGUCUUUGCGAUUGGGCCACGGUGGAAAAGAAUUUCCAACAGGUGGUGGAAAAUUGCAACGUUCAAGCUUUUUGUGAUGGAGAAAGUUCGGCCAGUAGCCAAAUUGGCUCUGCUUUAUUAAGCUUCUUUGCAGUGUUAAUGGCGGCCUUUAGACAACAUUAUUGGUGAAUGAAAACAUAAGUAGUAAAAAAAUAGUGACAAAUUGAUAUCGCAGUUAAUAUUAACGAGACUGUUAUUUCAAACAACAUCUUCACUUUUAAAUGUUAGAGGAAAUUUUUGUACGAUUACUUGCAUUUAGUAAUUGGAUCUGAUGCGAAACCAAAGUUAGAUUAUAAAAGUAACAGUUGAUGUAAAUUUUAAAAAAUAUGUUUUUAUAAUUUUGCUCGUGAGUUGCACUUAGAUAAGUUAGUGAUAACUGACGUGACAUUGUUUUAUGACUGCUCCUAAGUAUUCAUAAAUGGCACGUAGAAACUAUGAAUUAAUUGAAUAGCUUUACUUUUUCUACAUUUUAUAAUUUUAAUUAAAAUUUCUUGCCUUCAGCUUGCAAAUAUUUUCAUUUUUCUUAGGGGAUGUUUAUAAUUCACAACUAAAUGUAUAUUUAUUUCAGAUGUGGAAAUCAGAUUUGUCUAAAAGAUAGUCCUUAAUGUGAACAUGACAUUGAAUGUUUUUAUCUAAAUUAUAAUAUGUUUACCAUAUCGAUAAAAUGCUGACGAAACUCUUUAUGUACAUAUAGACGCACUUGCAAUAUGUGCUUUCUUUAAUAUUUACAUUGACAAAUUAUGAUCAAAGUAGAUUUAUGAGAUGCGGGGAUAAUAAAUGUUAAAAAUCAGUUUUGCAGUAUUAGCCAAUAAAUAGCGAUUAAAAUGGUAACGUAUAAUGAUGGUUACAAUAAGAGUUCUAGACUAUAAUAAGUAGUAAUAUUUGUUGUCUUAUUUAACAGUAGUACAAAUAUACAUGUGCAUGUUUAAAUAAAGUUGUUUUAGCAAAAAAGGUUUUUUUAUGCAAAAUA